CUUCAACAGUCUCUCUCCCUCUCCGACUCCGAUCUCCCUCUCCGACACCGCACCAACCUGCGGGACAAGAGAGGCUCCUAUCUGCUCUGAUUUGGAAUUAGUUGUUCGGAUUUGGUACUACUCGCCUUGACCCCAACAUAGAGAGAGAGAGUGAUCGCUUGGAUUGGGGGUUUCGAUUGCCCAGUGGCGUAGGGAAAUUCUUGGAUUUAAUGCGAAAUAAAGCUUGGGCGUUUGUAGGCGAUUCGUUUCUUGAGAACCAAACAGAGUCACUACUUUGCCUUCUCUCUAAGUGUCUCUGUGCCCGAAGACACCCCGCCGGCAACGCUCUCCAGUCUUCCACCGUUCGCACUCUUCGCCGGCAGCGCACUCUUCGCCAGCAGCAUAUCCCCAUCUAACUCCGGCAGCGGCGCUUUCAACAGAGAUUUAGGUAUAUCGCGUGGGAUCGGUGCGAAACCCAUAACAUGCGAGCCGAAAACGAGCCGGACUUUUCGAGCUCGAGCCGCCCUUGAACACUAACGAGCCUCCCUUGAACACUAACGAGCCGCGAUCUCGAGCUGGCUCCACCUCGCUCGUGUUUGGCUCGUUGACAACGCUACAGUUGAACGGGGUUGACCCUCUAUCCAUCCCUUCUAGGGUUUUCCCUUUCCCUUGCUCCUUCCCCUUCCCCUUCUCCUCUCCUCCAUCAAUGGCGCAUCGCUUGCUCAGGGACGCACAAGCCGAUGGGUGGGAGCGCUCUGAUUUCCCCAUCAUCUGCGAGUCAUGCCUUGGCGACAACCCCUACGUUCGCAUGCUAAGAGCAGAUUAUGACAAGGAAUGCAAAAUCUGCUCCCGACCAUUUACAGUCUUUCGCUGGAGACCUGGGCGUGAUGCAAGGUACAAAAAGACGGAGAUCUGCCAGACAUGCUGUAAGCUGAAGAAUGUGUGCCAGGUCUGCCUCUUGGAUCUAGAAUACGGGUUACCGGUUCAGGUCCGUGAUACUGCUCUAGCUAUCAAUUCCAAUGAUGCUAUCCCGAGGAGUGAUGUGAAUCGUGAAUACUUUGCAGAAGAACAUGAUCGCAAGGCGAGAGCAGGCAUAGAUUAUGAGUCUUCAUAUGGUAAGGUACGGGCAAAUGAUACUAUCUUAAAACUUCAGAGGACAACACCAUAUUAUAAGAGGAAUAGAGCACAUGUUUGUAGUUUCUAUGUCCGCGGAGAGUGUACGCGUGGUGCUGAAUGUCCAUAUCGGCAUGAGAUGCCUGAAACUGGGGAAUUAUCUCAGCAGAACAUAAAAGAUCGUUACUGUGGAGUGAACGAUCCUGUUGCCCUGAAGCUGCUGAGCAAGGCUGGGGAGAUGCCGUCUUUGACCCCGCCAGACGAUGAGAGCAUCCGCACACUGUACGUCGGUGGCCUUGAUGCACGGAUCACAGAGCAAGACCUCAGGGACCAGUUCUACGCCCACGGCGAGAUCGAGUCCAUCCGCAUGGUCCUCCAGCGCGCCUGCGCCUUUGUCACCUACACCACCCGAGAAGGCGCUGAAAGGGCCGCCGAAGAGCUGGCCAACAAGCUGGUCAUCAAGGGUGUCCGCCUCAAGCUCAUGUGGGGGCGGCCGCAGGUGCAGGCCCCUUCAAAGCCCGAGGAGGGGAGCGAAGACGGGGCCGCAAGGCAACAGCAAGGCGGGCUCAUUGCCCACAGCGGGAUGCUUCCUAGGGCUGUUAUCUCCCAGCAGCAGAGCGGCGAGCAGCUCCGCCCGCCCGGCACAGAGCAGCAGCUUCCUCCUGGGCAUUACUUUAACAUUCCGGCCCCACCCCCCAUGGAGCGGGCCUUGUACCCAUCGAUGGACCCGCAGAGGAUGGGCGCGCUGGUGCCCUCCCAUGAGGGUGACAGUAACAAAGCAGGGCCGGUGAGAGGGUCCCCAGGCAGUUCUGGGCAUGCUUACCCGCCACUGCCACCACCGCAGGCUCCACAUUUCCAAGGCCAGUAUCCUCCGUUCCAUACCAACCCUUAUGGGUACAUGCCGUACCCGCAACAUUAUCGACCUCCGUAUCAGCCGAUGCCGAUGAUGGCUCCGCCGCCACCGCCGCAACCUUCCCAGCAGCAGCCUGCAGCACAACAGCACAAUCCGGGAGCAGCCGGGUUGCCAUCCCAGAACUAAAAUCCUUCUAAAUGUACUUUUUUUUCCUUUUCUUUUCUCCUGUUCUAUCAUAGAUUCCUCCAUGGCUUUUGUUUGUAAUAACUGUAUGAUUGGAUAUGAAUCUGUUGCCAUUGGAGGCUAACUAGUAUUUUGCUGUGUAUUUUAGCUUUGGCAAUACUGGAUCCUAUUUUACGAAACAGGCAUGUCUUAACUCUUA